GCGGCAGACUCGUCCCCGCGCCGUGCCCGCCCCGCUUCCGCGUGUCUGGCCGAGCCUCGCUUCCUGCUCCUGGCUGCUCUCCGGCGGGGUCGCGCCUCUGCAGCGUUCCGUCCAUCCUGGGCCAGGGCGUUUCUCGCUCUCCGCCAGUUACAGAUCUACAGCCCACCGAAGGCUGCUGGGAUUCUGAAAGCACUGCUCGAUCAGUAAAUAUUACUGAAAAGACAAGAGGCAGUUUUUUCAGGGAUUCACUCAUCAUGACUCGUCUUAAACCUUCAGCCCCAGCCGUGAGCCUCUCCCCUUGGCCCCACCACUGCCCCUUCAGACCGUGACAUGCCUUUCCCGUGGAGCGUUUCUUCAUAGAAACAUUUGGCAGGAUGGCAGAGAGUCAGAAGGCCCAGCCAAGUUUUCAGCACAUCUCUGACCUCUUAGCCCAAACCCCACAAGACGAGCUGAUUCUCCUAAAACACAAAUUAAACUGCAUGCGGCAGGAUACCAGGAGUUGCAGACUCCUUCAAGCAAUGAUCCUGUUGACCCUGAGGCGUGAGGCAGAGGCUGGGGAGAUCCUGGAUACUUUGGGAGACGAUGCAGCAGCAGCCCGUAUCCGCAGAAGUCCCUGGAGCAGCACCAAGGUAAGCGGCAGGCAUCCCCUGAAGCAAGAUGCCCAGGUGGCAGUGGCUGUGGCUCAGAUUUAUGCACUCCUGGUGGAAGAAAAAUUAUGCUGCCCCCAGGCCAGAGACGAAGCCUAUCAAGUGGCUGUCAAGGCCUUUGGCGCCAGCAACGGUGUCCAGAGCGCCAAACUCAGUGCCCUCUUGACUGAAGCACAGGACAAGUGUGGCCGUGGUUUUGCUGCUGAGCUGGUGAGCAGUGGCUUUAAUACCCUGAAAUCUGACCCAGAGAAAUUCCCAAGGAGUGUGCCAGUUCCAAUUAACAGCUCCUUGGUACAGUUGGGUCAGCCGUUGCGUUCCACUGGCACCCCGUCCUCCUUCGUGAGCCACUUUGAGAUCAGCCAGUCCCCCACCGUGCCGUGUCUCACUCAGGAAAUUCACCACCAGUAUGGUGACCCUGAGAUUCGCGAGCUUUGCAGGAGUGCCCCCCGUGAAGGGAGAACUAGUGUGGUGUUCCCAUCUGUUAGCGGGUCUGAGAGCCCAGCUGUGCAAGACCACCCCAAGAGCCACGGCAUGGAAGGCCUCCAAGGCAGCCAUUUGUGUCCACGGGUGCCCUCUAACAAGGAAACCACAUUGCCUUUGGAAGAGAGUGUUUCGAGCCCCGUGGAAUGUACUGAACCCCCAUAUGGCGUGCCAGCAUCGCUGCAGGAUCUCAAAGAAGGCACACACCCCAAUUUGGAAGCGGCAUCCACACCGCAGACUGACCCAGUUGCCAAAGGGUGCGUCCAAACUCCCCCAGAAGAUUCUUCUUCUCCAUCUUCAAGCCCUGGUCCUAAACCCACGUCUUCUUCGAGGGAUGCCCCUCCUGUAACAUCAUCUUCCUCCAUCGACCCACAAGGGGAUGAAAACCAGUUCUUUAUGUUUGUAAUUGUGCACGCUGAUGAAGAUGAGAGUGUUGCCUGCCGGGUAAAGGAGCUUCUGGAAGACAUGGGGGUUCCUGAUGGGGCCACUUUCUGUGAGGAUUUUCUGGUCCCUGGACACAACCAACUUGCCUGCUUCCAAAAUGCGCUGGACAACUCAGCCUUUGCACUCCUGCUCCUGACAGAGAACUUCAAGAGCCGGCUCUGUGCCUUCCAGACAAACAUGGCCUUGAUGAACUCUUUCACCAGCAUUGUCAAAAACAACUCCGUGAUCCCUUUUGUGCCAAAGGAAAGCCCAUUGAGGAAAGGCGAGAUCCCCAGCAUACUGGCGGGGCUUGUGGCCCUGGAUGAGAACUCCCGUGUUUUUGAAAGAAGAGUGAAGAACACUUUCAGGCAGUCAGAGUUCCAAAGAAAGAAGGCCGUCUGGAGCACCAUGCAGCAGAUAAGGCACCGAGAGCAACAGCAGGCAUAUCUGCAAAUGCAGCAACACCUGUUCGCUCUCAGUUUGCAGCCCGGCUACCCAGCCCAGGUGCCUAUUCCACCAACGCAAGUGGGCUUUCCAGGACUGAACCACGUGCUGCCGCCACCGCCACUACCUUUUCUUCCCACAUUCUCCAUGCCUGAGGGGUUCCAGCCUCAGCCUGGUCAAGCCUUUCCCUCCCCGCUCUUCCCUGCUCCCCUUCCAACCUCAAGGCCGCCAGGAGCUCCGCCCCACCUCAUCAUUCAAAAUGCCCAGAUGGUUCAGAUUGGGGAUUACAACCAGAUGCAGGUGGAACGGACCAAUGCGGCCCUUGGCACAGCGGAAGACGAGAUCCGUGAGAGCCAGGGAAUGGGGGCAGGGAGCAGGCACGGGGACUAGAAGGGAAACGGCCGGUUCUGUGAGGCUUUUGUGGUAUGGCUGCAUUUGGAAUCUGGUGUGCAGAUCUGGCUGGGAUGAAAACGGUGGAGGUGGGAAAGGUACCGAAAAGGGGGUGAUCACAAUAAUUCAGGGGUUGAUUUAAGGGAUUAAUCCAGCUGCAAAUUCCCUUUCAGGAAAGACUGAAGAAUGUGGAUCUUUUUCACUUUAAAAAAUUGAGUAAAGGAGGGAGUCUAUAAAACUAUGCCUGAUGUGUUGAAAGUGGCUAGAGAGAGACAGAAUGGUGUAGCAAUUAGAGUUUGGGACUAAGAUUUGGGAGACCUGGGUUCAGAUUCCUUCUCUUCUACGGAAGCUCCCUGGAUGACUCAUCUACCUCGCAGGGUUGUUGUGAUGCCACCUUAGCUCCCUGAUAGAUAGGUACCCCCUCCUUUGCUCUUGCUUUCUUAAGUGCCACUUCAGCCUCUCCCAGAGGUCCCAGUACAUCCCCUCUCAUUCCACUAUAGACUUGCCUGAUGUUUAUUCUCCCUCUCUGUACAGCCCCUCCAUUCCUGCUCCUUUGUUUGGCUCAUAAAACCUACUUCUUCAGGCAGAGCUUUACUUUAUUAAAAGCAGUGUAAUGAUACAGAAGACCCUGACUCUGUUCAGGAAGGCAUGCCUUCCCUGCUAGUCACAUGUCCUCCAGUGUUCUCUCCAUGAGUUAUGCCUUCUUUAUAGCACAGGAGAGGUUGUCAAGCAAACUGCCUCUUUGGUGUCCAUUCAGUGGUGCUGAGGUGCUCUCUCUUACUGUGUGGGCUUAAUCAUUUCUGUGAUACUCCACUGAAUUUCACAAUUUCUUUGUCUGCAGUACAACUUGUGCAUUUAAAAGACGUGCACUUUAAAAAAAAUCAUGUUCUUUAUUGAAUAUUCUCCUAAAUUUUCAUUGUUCACAGGCCUACUGUGAACAAUGAAAACCACAUGCUUCUACCAGUUAGAGUGAUCUGAGAAAACAACUUUGCAAAGAUGGGCACCCACCAGUCAGGAAAAGAUUUAACUAACUCGGGAGGGAUCAGGUUCUUGCCAGGGGCGUACCAGAGGGGAGAGAGGAGAUGAGGCCUCUUGUUUCAGAGGCUGCAACACGAGACCAUUGUGGUGAAGUGGACAGAUCUAAAAGUGGAGUCUGCCCCACUGCCUCAUUCUCCUGAAUU